UGUGCAGAUUAUGCAGCAUGGCGCGCAAAAUCCAAGCCAGCUUGUUUGCUGGUGUAUCCUGUGGCUGCCCUUCUUUGUCCUGAAUUCCCUGUGCCUACUUCCUUGGGCUCGCAAUGCUGAUGAUGCUCUUCUAGCCGUCUCUCUCUCUCUCUGAGGAACGGCUCAUCGUUAGAAAAUGACUUCUCUGCGGUAACAUCUUUCUGCUACUAGUAGUUUUUGGGCUGACAGUACCGAUUGCAUCUACGGAUCCACCACAGUCAUGCUUCUCCCUGUGUACGUUUUCUCUUUUCUUGAUUGUAUUAUGUGCUACAAAAUCAUCUGAAUUUACUGCGAGGAAUAGUGGAAGAAACUGAGAAAUUUGUGUACGAAAUUUGUUGCUAAAAAAUGUAAUGACUGUGGCCUGUGGGCACGAAAUUUGUGCGCCGUCCAUCCUCCAAACUUGAUGAUCGGACGGGUCCCGGGCCCCGUCAACCAUCCAGUUCUCCUCGCGGGGUAGCAGUGCUACGCUACAGUCGUUCGCUUGUUUCGGCCGCCGCCGCGAUGCCCCCGCCGGCCGCGCCCACCACCCGCGUCGCCCUCUACCUCCGCCGCGCCCUCCUCAUCGACUCCCUGCGCCUCCGCCUACGCUCCCCUUCCUCCCGGCCCCAGCCGCCGCCGCCCGACGACCCCGUCGUCGCUCUCCACGCCAUCCGCGCCGCGCCCACGCCGUCCUCCGCGCUCUCCCUCUUCCGGGCCCUCCCCUCACCCGCGCCGCUCCCGCUCUUCCACGCGCUCGCCUCCCGCCUCGCCUCCCUCGCCGCGCUCCCCGACCUCCGCGCCCACCUCGACUCCUUCCCGCUGCCCGCGCCGCCGCUCGCGCGCCUCCGCCUCCUCGCCGCCGCGGGGGACCACGCCUCCGCGCUCGACGCCUUCGAGUCCCUCCCGGCUGCCCCGCGCCGCUCCGCCGAGGCGCACAACAUCCUCAUCAACCUCCACGCCUGCGCCGCCGACCACGCCGCCGCCGUGGAGGCGUUCCGCGGCAUGGUCCGCGAGGGCGCGCUCCCUAACGCCCGCACCUACACGGUCGUCAUCGCCCACCUCACUUCCGCGGGGUUCGUGGACCAGGCGAUCGAGGUGCUCCGCAUUCUGCCGUCGCUGCGGGUGCGGCGGACUACCCGGCAGUACAACGUGCUCGCCGAGGCGCUUGCGUCGGCGGGGAGGUUCGACCAGCUCCGGUGGCUCGUCCGCGAGAUGGCAGUCGUGGACGGCGUCAUGCCCGGGCCGCAGAUGCGCGCUGCCAUCGCUGCCAUGCGGGAAGGGGGGAACAUUGAUGGUACGGAGGACUUCGUCCACGAGCUUUCACCCAACGCAAGGAUCGGGUACGCGGUGGACGACGUCGAGGGUGAGGGAGACAGCGAGGAGGACGGCGACGAAGGUGAGGUCAAUAUUGAGGACAAGGACAGAGGCAACAGAGAUAGGCAGACCCUGAAGCCAUGGCUGGACCCGCGCGAGCUCGCCAGGGCGUUGGACGGCUGGGACGCGCGGGAAGUGGCCGAGCUAGAGGCCGUCGGGCUCGUCUGGACGCCGCGGCUGGUGUGCAAGCUCCUGCGCUCGUUCAAGAAGGCCGAGACAGCGUGGGAGUUCUUCUGCUGGGUGGCGUGCCGCCCCGGCGGGUUCGCGCACGACCGCCACACGGUGGCGAGGAUGGUGGCCAUCCUCGCCCGCGCCGGGCACGUCGAGCUGGUGGAGCGGCUGCUCACCAAGGUGCGGUCGGACGGCAUCCUCCUCCCGUUCGCCACCGUGCGGCUUGUCAUCGACUUCUACGGCCUCUCCAAGAAGGCCGACGCGGCGGCCAGGGUGUUCCGGGACGCUGAGUCCAUCUGCGGCCCCGUGUCUAGGCCCAACCUCGCGCUGCUCUGCUCGUCGUUGCUGCGAACGAUGGCCAAGUGCCGGAGAGGCCUCGACGCCAUGGAGCUCCUCGAGGAGAUGAUGGCGCGGGACGUGCUCCCGGACCUGCAGACCUUCUCCGGCCUGAUGGAGCACCUGGCCGGAGCCGGCGACCUCAAGGGCGUGCACCGGCUUCUGGGGCUGGUGCGGCAGUGCGAGCUGCAGCCCGACGGGUACAUGUACAGCGUGCUGGUCAGGGCCUACUGCAAGCAGGAGCGCGCGGCGCUUGCGCUGAGGGUGUUCGACGAAAUGCGCACGGCCGGGAUCGCGCCCGACGCGCCCACCAAGGCGCUGCUCGUCAAGAGCCUGUGGCGGGAGGGGAAGCUCCGGGAGGCGGCGCUGGUCGAGGAGAGGUGCGAGGAGGCCGCCGGUGGCCUCCCGGAGGCGUCGCCGGGGCACGUGUGGACGGCCAGCGCCGCGGACUUGAAGAAGGUGCUCGACAUCUACUCCGCCUGCUUCGCGCCGCCUGCUGCGCAGACGUGAACGGGAUGAAUGCGUCGCCCAUGCCAUUGACGCUUCGUCUCAGAAUUCAGAUUCCAGGAUUACAAUUUCCUCGUGGCAGCAUGCCGAUCGGUUGCUCAUCUCGGUGCAACUGCAGAAGAAGCAUGGCAACGACGAGGAUGAUUGCUUUGCAGCGCAAUUGGACAGGAGCCUCUUGACUCUUUAAUCGCUAGAGCUUGGCAUUGCUUUGCUGCUACCUGCUGCAAGGCUGUUGUACAAUGUGCUUAGCGUCGUUUUGUUGCCAUCUAUGGCGAUAUCGAGUGCAAGGGACCUUUGUAAUCACAUUAUUAGCACGAAGACGCAAUCCAACCUACAAUUUCUGCUUGUCGCUUGGACCUGAGAUUAAUUUUUACCAGGAGUUGUUGUUGAAUAUAGACUCUGUUUGACAAA